GCGCAGUAAUACGAUUGUUUUCCCAGACACCACUUCCGUGGUAUCGUCUAAUCCUGCACUGUCGUUAAAAUUCCUGACAUACAAAUCUUUGUUGAUAACGCCGACACAUACCGAAUGUGGACAUUUGAUGUGUUCUGUAAAAGACGAUCGCGAUCGUUUACAAGUUAAUGCGUUUUUCCGCGGCUGCAGCAUCACAACGCUGCACCGUAAAGCCGCCCUGGCAGCUGUACUUCCGUUGAUUCACCCCUGCACCGAGAUCCGUACAUUGACAGAUUCUGUCAAGCAUUCAGGGUUUGUGAGUGGCUAAUUAAGCAGGCUAUCUGCUGACUGACAUCUUUGUGAAAACAUACAUACAUUCAGGAUCUGCACUGGCAAGGGAAAGGUACUUAUCACCCGGGCGAUUUGAUGUAGUGCACAACAGCGGCUGUGGUUUUCUAUGGGGCACAAAUCAGUUUAUUGAUUGUGGGAGCUGUUAUUUAUCCUUAAUGUCACCGCUGUCGACGUUUACCAUAUAACGUGCCAUUGUUGGUCGGCUUUGAAUGGGCUUUUACUGGAUGGAUAAAAACUUCCAUCCGAUCGCAUUUACAGCGUCUUUUGAAUAUGUCCAGAUCGCAAAAUUCACAAAAAAGCCGGGUACGUGAAAUUCAGUGCACCGAUCAAAAACUGGGAAGUUGGAAUAUCAUGAUCGUUUCCUGUGCCGGCUGUUAUUAGCAUUGCCGGUUGUUUUUGAUGCGAUCGCUGUGAUCUUGUGCAAGCCGAAUUAUGCCGGUCUUAAAUUCACAGUCACUUCUCACUUGUAAAGGAACACGUGUACGACUGAUCCAGAGAUUUGACCAAUUAAUGCGAAUCUGAGUGUCGGUCGGAAGCGUGACUUUGUGAUCAUCUUGGUCUGUAAUUAUUUUUACAUGACAUUACCUGAAAAAUAGCUUUCGCUUAUAAUGCAGCAGACAUGCCGCCGAUAAUUUUGUUUAUUUGGGUGUUGUGUAUAUACGCAAAUAAUCCAGACGCGGCUGCAGUCACGGUGGAAAGGAGAUGUUCUUUUGAUGGGAAUGCUACCUGUUUUAUGUGGAAUUUUAAACAUAAUUUAUCCUUAUCUGUGGAUGUGCUUAACUUUGACGACCAGAUCUCAUCCGGUGUAAAGCAGAUUUCCGACGGACAUUUGUCGGCUCAAAAUCUCAAAACUGAAACAGGAAAAGUGUUGGUAGCAAAAUGUCCCACAUCCGAAUUCAUAGCACCGAUCAUGGUGGAAAGCGUAUUAAUAAAUUCCACAUCCAGCAGUUGCGCUUUCACGUUUGAUUUAAUUGUAUUUGAUCAUGGUUUACUGGAGACCUUCGAAGUAGUUCUCCGGAAAGCGCACCCCAGCCGGGAUCAAAUUUUGUGGUCAGUGGCCGAUGAAGCCAAGACUGUUGUCAACAAGUGGCAACAUUAUCGACUAGCGUUGGGAACCGUGACCGAAACCUAUCAGCUAAUUCUGGAGAUAAUGUGCGUCAAUACAUCUCCGAAUCUUUCACGUGCUAAACAGCAUGACUGGAAACCGCUGCUGGCGUUGGAUAAUUUGAGUUUCGAUUACUGUUUCCCAGAGCCCAUGCGCAAUAACUCGUGUGCGGAAGGCCAAAUCGCUUGUGUGCCGCUGCAGUCGUGCCUUGAUACUGAUGCCGUUUGUGAUUACAUUAAUGACUGUCCCAAUGCAUCCGAUGAAGCGAGCAUCUGCGAGUCAUUUCCACAGGGAAGCCGCUGCAAUUUUGAAUUAGAUUUUUGUCACUGGUAUCAGGCCGAUGCUAAAAACGGUCAUCCAGUAUGGGGACGGGAAGAAGCCGGAAAUAGCACGCUUCUGGGGUUUGUUGGCUACGAAAAUUUGGUCGACCAUACAACUGGAACCCGCCGUGGUCGCUUCCUUUAUCUGCAUAUUUUUCCCACUCAUCAACAGGAAGCCAUAUCCGAAUUUCGAAGUCCGGUCUUCCCGGCAUUUCCUCAAGGAUACAAUGAUUCAAGAAAUUCUUGCAAGGUUCGAUUUUAUUACAUGGCCACCGGUGUGAUGGACAACGGAAUUUUUUUAACAGUGAAUUAUUUCAAAUCGUCAUCACUACAGCAUGAAAUAGUAUGGAAGUAUCGUUCUCGCAAUGUUCCUCGGAGCGGCUGGAUUCGCGCUAAUGUUCCACUGCGCAAUUUGCAUUCUCCAUAUUUUCUACGAUUUUGGGGCAUACCUGGACAAAGAACCGGCAACUUUCUAAUUGACGACAUUUCGCUCAGCUCACCUUGCUUUUCAGCUGACGCACAAGAGAAAACACCCAUGGGAAAUAAUAACGACGACCCCUUUGACCUACAUUUCGAGACAUCGUUUACGAUCACAACGUGUGGACGAAGUGGCCCGCGUGGACCAGGAUUACAUGACUGCACUGGUCAAUACGCUGCAUUAAACCAACCAAUAGAUUUUGUCCCGUCAGAUAACACUCAUAACAGUACCACGGGGGUUCAACGCUGGCGAGUUCCCAUCACGAGCAUAUACAAUAUCUCGGCUGCUGGAGCUAACGGAGGCGGCCACAAUGGAUGUCCCGCUAAUACAGCAUCCUCAUUGAUUUCUUUACGAACUGGAGAAGAGUUGUUGUUUCUGGUCGGACAAGAAGGAGAAUCAUGCACGGCAAAAAUUUCGUCGAAUCGCUCUCUGUGUCGCACAGGUGGCGGAGGCGGUGGCACCUUAGUUUUUAAAUUGGAUGAAGGAACUGGACACGCGAUACCUCUGAUAGCAGCCGGCGGUGGAGGUGGGAGUAGCUCGGUGGAAACAGAACGGAAAUGCGUAGGGCGAACGGUCCAAAUACGAUCAGCAGAUCUGAACGUGGCAGCCGCAACAAUGCUUCCCGGUCAGGGAGGAAGUGUGGUCAGAUUGUUUGGUAACCAGUCCGAAAUCAAAGGACUUCGCGUGGAAGGUGCCACCGGAAGCCGGUACUGCGCAGAAGCGCACCUUGUGAUGGCUGCCGGUGGUUACGGAGGAGGCGGCGCGGGAUGUGAGUCUUUCGGUGGAGGAGGAGGCGGCUACGAAGGUGGACGACCUGGAACCGAUCACGAACCAGCAGAAGCAGGAACGUCCGCCGUUAACCUUGAUUAUGCAUUAGCGUUCAGUUUCUGGCCAUCAAGCGACUCUCUGGGUGGACGGGUUACAAUAACUAUGGUUUGCAAUUGCUCCGUUCCUUGCCGCAUUCGCAAGGGAUCAGCCGAACUAUACUGCCCGAUGCAUAAUGAGGGCUCGCAGAACUCACUGUCACAAACGGAUUCGCUAAUCCUCUUAAUUGUCCUGGGAGUAUUAUUUUUCGUAGGAACUGUGAUUGGGACUUCAGUUUGCUUGUAUUUUGGACUUCGAAAGAGCUCGGCCAAGCGCAUCCAUCGGAAAUCUCGGAUUUGGUCAUGUGUGUCUGGUUCACCGGAAGUUAAUGCAGAUCCGACCCUUCUGCAACGACUGAAUAAUCAUAAUAAUAUUGAGCUUAAUCAGUUGUAUGGAAUUAAUGCCGUACAUGGAUAUGGUGACCUUAAGGAAAUACCGAAAAAGACCAUUCAGCUCAAGCAAUCGAUCGGACAAGGUGCCUUUGGAAUUGUCUAUCAAGGACUGAUGAAAACCGAUACCGGACUAAUAUCCGUGGCUGUGAAAUCGUUGCCAACACAUGCAAACCCAGAUGCCGAAACGGACUUCGCGGCUGAAGCGCUGAUCGUCAGUCGUUUCCAUCAUCCCAACAUUGUCCAAUGUUUCGGCGUCAGCUUUGCUCAAAACCCGAAGUACAUCAUCCUGGAAUUGUUGUCUGGAGGAGAUGUGCGCUCAUUCCUCCGCAGUUAUCGAAAUUCAAAAACUUGUACAGUUACUAUGUUGGAACUAUUGGAAAUUUCUGCCGACAUUGCCAAAGGUUGCCAAUACUUGGAGCAACAUCAUUUUGUGCAUAGGGAUAUAGCAGCAAGGAAUUGUCUGCUGACAACAACCGAGCGCAGUCGAGUAGCAAAGGUUGCCGAUUUCGGAAUGGCAAGAGAUGUCAUCAGAUCUGAAUACUAUCGCAGAAACACUCAGCUGCUUCUGCCGAUUAAAUGGAUGCCACCGGAAGCGGUGGACGAAGGAAUUUUCAGUUCGAAAUCCGACAUUUGGGGAUUCGGGGUGCUGCUCUGGGAGGUAUUUUCUCUGGGAUGUUCGCCGUAUUCAUCUAUGAAUAACGCUGAAGUGGUCAGCUACAUACGAGCGGGAGGACGGCUAAACCUACCAAGUAGCCACUGUCCCCCUGAAAUAUACGAUCUUAUGCAGGAUUGCUGGCACAAAAAUCCUGCAGAUAGGAAAAGCUUUUCUUCCAUUAUCCGUAGUUUAUUGGGAUUUAUGGGAUUGACAAGCGUGAUCUCCGCUCCAGUGCCGGAUGUAGAUGCUCCGCCGCUUCCGUUGCUUGAAAUAAAUUCAAGCAAAAUGCCCGUCACGGACAAUCCCUUAUGUCUUUCAUCUACUCGUAGUAUUUCCCUGGACCGUAACAGCCAUGAUACUGACUGGCACAGCGGAACAAAAUUGCUACCAAAUCAGUCAAGCUAAGGCGUCGACUCUCCCAACGCUUAAUUGAGCGUGUUUGGUGGCGCAGUAGGAUUUCCAUAGAAGCCGCUGGGAUGUUUACAUAUGCAGAUUUACUAAUAAUCAGUGCAAAUGUGUGGUUUUAAAGAAACCCUUUUUUUCUGCUGUUGACAUUGCCAUCCUACUGGGUGUCAGGACAGUGUCUGAGAAAUAGAAUGCACUGUACAGUUGGAAAACAGUUUGGUAUCCGAAAUGAAAACC